AUGGAAAGAGUACCCGAAAAGGAGGACAAUGUUAGGAUACAUAAACUUCUCGCGAGGAUGGAUGGUAUUCCAUUGACAGGAGUGCGGUCCACUAAGGAAAAUAUUGUUGUAAAUCGGAAAAUACAAAACACUGGAAUUUGCCCGUUGACUUUCCGACUUCGUUUAAUCGACGCGUUUCAAGGGAAUAUUCCGCGCACGACGGAGGAAUCUCCAGAGAAAUCAAGCAAAAGAAAAACGAGGCGCAAGAUCGACGUGGAAAACGAAAGAAAAACACCGAGGAAACCGGUAUUCAGCGAUGUGCUACGACGGGACGAGGAAUUAGCGAUAUUCGGGGGAAAAUUGGAAAGGUCCGCGGAUCGUUGCUUUUCUUUUUUAAACCUCGACGAAAAUAUGCAACUGCUGGUACCAGAGAGAAAAAAGGUGGAAUUCGGUGUACGUUUCCAACGGCCAAACGAGAACGGAAAAUCCGCGAUAGAGAAAGUGACAGAAGGGACUACGAAAAGGAAAAAGAAGAAGGGAAAAGAAUCGUCGAAAAAGGACGAAUUUGUGAAAUCGAACUACUGUCACGUAGCUGUGUUGGAAUUAACGUUGGGAAGCUCGACGUUUGUGCAGGACCUUGUGAUAAUAUGUUCGUUGUAAUAG